CAAUUCCCUCACCAUCCUAAAAAUCCAUUCAAAACUCACAAUUUCUGCAUCUUUUCAUACUUUGACUCACCUUAAUUCCCCCUCCAUCACACAAAGACUAGUAAACAAACACAGAACAGAACAAUCAUCCAUAUGGGUAUUUGUGCAUCAACUCAAUAUGCAGGCAAAGGUGGAAACCAUGGUAUGCAAUCCACUGUGAACAUAGUUCACUUCGAUGGAAAGCUGCAACAACUGAAGGAGCCUGUGAAAGCAUGGCAUGUUCUGUCUCAGAACCCAAACCACUUCCUCUGCAGCUCAGAAUCUAUGUAUGUUGGCUCACCAAUGACCCCUGUGGUUCCAAAUGAAGAGCUUCAAUUGAACCAUAUCUAUUUUCUUGUUCCACGUUCCAAAUCCCGUUUGCCACUUUCUCUGGAGGAUUUGUGCGCACUAGCCAUUAAGGCUAAUGCAGCUCUUGCUCAUUCCUCCUCUGUCUUUGAACCUUCCUCCUCUGUUCCUCAGAUAAAUUUCAAAACACACCCUGUUCAUUCAAACGUUUCUCUGGGAUAUUCCCAUUGAAAUUUGAACUGUUUCGAGCUUGAUGCAUGUAUAUUAAUCCACCAUGUAAAAGCUCCUCGAUGAUGUCGAAGUCAAGCUCUAUUUUUGUAAAAGAAAUUAGCCUUCGGUGUUAAAGGGUUUUAAAUUGUAGUUGCAACAAAUACGAGUUGAAGCGGCUGCAAUUGUGGUCAUGAUGGCAAUGCGGAAACUCCAAACGCUUUAAGUUUAAGUUGCGGCCGUGAUGCAGACCCCAAUUUAAAACAGUUGUAGAUUGACAUGAGCAAAGGAAUUAGGGGAAUGGAGACCAGAUUCAUGCUAUGGAGUACACAACAUUGUAGAAGUACUAGCAAAACUUGAUUUGUACUCUAUAGCCUAAGUUAUUGAGCAUUUCUGCCAAAUAAUUUUUUCAUUUUUUAAAUGAUUAUGUUUCAGUUGCUUAUUGACCAAGUUUAUAUAACUAGCAACGAUUAUGUC